GUGGGGACCGUAAUUCGUGAUACACCACCUCCACGGCGCAGACGAGUUUAUUUACAACAUACUGUACUAAAGAGACGAGUAUAAUAGAAACUACACUAUAAUCUUUAGAAAGCUCUCAUGGAUGAUGAGGAUGACUGUCCUGAGCUGGUUCCUAUUGAGGAGAAGAGCAAGACACCUGCAGCUCAGAUCCCUGUCACCAUCAUCACUGGUUACUUGGGUGCUGGGAAGACAACUCUCUUGAAUUACAUACUGACUGAGCAGCAUAACAAAAGAAUAGCCGUCAUUCUCAAUGAGUUUGGUGAAGGCAAUGCUUUGGAGAAGUCCCUGGCAGUGAGUCAGGCAGGAGAGCUGUACGAAGAGUGGCUGGAACUCAGGAAUGGCUGUCUGUGCUGCUCGGUGAAGGAUAAUGGCCUAAAAGCGAUUGAAAAUCUGAUGGAAAAGAAAGGGAAGUUUGACUACAUUCUUCUUGAGACGACUGGUCUGGCAGAUCCAGGAGCAGUUGCCUCGAUGUUCUGGGUUGAUGCUGAACUAGGAAGUGAUCUUUAUCUGGAUGGCAUUAUUACAGUUAUUGAUGCCAAAUACGGAAUGCAGCAUCUGACUGAAGAGAAACAAGGAGACUUGAUAAAUGAAGCUGUAAGGCAGAUAGCCCUCGCUGAUAUGACCAUUGUUAAUAAAACCGAUUUAGUGAACGAGGCUGAGCUCGAUCAGCUUCGAGACACGAUCAGGUCUAUUAAUGGCCUCGUCAGGAUCCUGGAAACACAAAGGUCCAGGGUCGACUUGUCUCAGGUGUUGGAUCUGCAUUCUUUUGAUACCAAAGAUAGCAUGAGACUGGCGGAGAAACUACAGCUAAUGAAAACAACACAUGCACAUCUAGACAAGGAGAUAUUAACAGUUACAUUUGAAGUACCUGGAAGUGUCUCUGAGGACCAUUUAAAUGUGUUUAUUCAGGACCUUUUAUGGGAAAAGACGGUUAAGAACAAAGCAGGACUGCCUAUGAAUGUCAUUCGCUUAAAGGGCAUCUUUUCCCUGCAUGGUAAGCAGAAGAAGGUAAUGCUGCAGGGUGUUCAUGAGCUUUACGAGCUGGAUGAAACACCUGAGGCCUGGACAGAUGGAGAGCCCAAGAUCAAUCGACUGGUCUUCAUCGGUCGGCAUCUGGAUGGAGAAAUUUUAAAGAAACAGUUUCUCUCUUUAGUGGAGACAAGAGAUGGCUGAUGAAAUAAAGGCAUAUGGAAGUAGAAGUGGUUAAGGCAUUGGACCACUUAUUGGAAGGGUGUGAGUUUGAAUCCCAGGACCACCAGGCUGCCGCUGUUGGACCCUCGAGCAAGGCUUUUAGCCAUUAACUGCUCCGUUGUGUAAAUGAGAUAAAUAUAAGUCGUUCUGUAUAAGGGCGUCUUCCAAAUGCCAUAAAUGUAAUGUAAUGCAUCUUAAAAUAGGAGUGUGGAUCUAGGAUUGGUUUUUGCCAUCCAUAUCCUAUUACAUAUGAUUAUAGUCAAAGUAAAGCUGAGUGCAGACCAGCACAACUUUCUAUUCUGACUGUAAUUUCAAACAGAUUUCCAGUCAGAGUUUACGGUGCCAUGAACAGAUGUUUGUACUCCCAAUCAUAUGACUGACUUGUAUUAAGGUACUCAUGUCUGAAAGGAUGCAAAGGACCUUGUGUUAGUGAGAUUUCAAGAAUAUUUGUACCUUGUAAGAACCUUGGUUUUGGGUGUAAAAGAAAAGAUUUGCUCGACACUACAUCAUGCCUUCCUGUUAGAAAAAUUGUUUUUCGAGUAUUCUGCAGAUAGUUAAGAGUUCUUCGAUGGCUAAAAUUCUUCCUAGAGCCCUCUCUUAUAGGGAACUUUUACAAGGGCUAUAUUUAUUUUUUUCCUGAAAGAGAACUUGAAUAAUUGCUGUCAAACAUGCAGCCAGCAGCUUUCACCAAGUUGGACUGAUACCUGUAUCCACAUCUGCUUUUUUUUUUAGGUUGUUUGACACUCAUGUUAAUAAUCAAAUUUUAAUUAUUUUUUGCUUUAAACAAUAAAGCCAUUAAUUAAAUGAUUGUUUUAUAUUAAAUCA